CGAUUCGAGAAGUCCGCGGACCAAGCAACUAACGACAGAGAUGGCCGAUCUACUCGAGCCCGUGAUCCUUGGGGAUACUAUUCAGCUCCGGAACCGGGUUUGCAUGGGUUCCAUGACGCGCAAUCGAUGCAUUGAUGAUAACAAACCGACGGAGGCCAGCAUCAAGCAUUACGUUGAUAGGGCGCGCGAUGGCACGGGGUUGAUCAUCGCCGAAGGCACCUUCAUAAGCCCUCAUGGAGCUGAAUGGCCACAUGCACCGGUCAUGUACAACGAUGAGCACGCGCGGGCCUGGGCCAAGGUUACCAGUGCCGUGCACGACGUGGGGGGGAAGAUAUUCUUCCAGCCCUGGCACGCUGGGCGAAUUCAGAAUGAAAACAUGCCGAUGCUCAAAGACAACGGGUACCCGGUCUAUGCGCCCUCCAAGAUCGCUGCGAAGGGAGGCAAGUUCCGCACCUUAGAAGGAACUCCAGGCCACACCCACAACAUUGUCGAGAUCGACAACCCGAAAGCCUUUGUGGGGCAAUACCGCCACUCGGUCACCCUGGCAAAGGAGGCGGGUUUUGACGGCAUCGAACUGUUGUCUCAGGGGCACUCAAACUCCCGGACCGAUGAAUACGGCGGUUCCGUCGAGAAUCGGUGCCGCUUUCCUCUUGAAGUCCUCGAUGCGAUGAUUGAGGUAUGGGGCUCGCGAUCAGAACUGAGCGAGACGUAUACGUACUACAUAGAGGAGCUGAUGCGCCGUGACCUUGCCUUCAUCAAUCUAUCCCGACGCGGCUGUGACGGCAAAGAAUUGCCGCCAAAGUACGACCCCGUGCUUCAAUUCGGGCCCAUGAUCAGGUGUCCCGGAAGUCGGACAAUGCUGAUGGUCAACCAUGAGUACACGGUGGAGGAAGCGAGUGCUCUGAUCAAAGCAGGGAAAGUUGACCUGGUGACGUUCGCUCGACCCUUCAUCUACAAUCCGGAUCUGAUUAGCCGCAUCAAGCACAAAGUCUCACUCGCGAAGAACGACCGAGGUGGUAGAGUCAACUAUGGGCCCUUCGAGGAUCCAAAUGAAAAUUACAACGACUGGCCGUCGAUGACACGCAGGAGCCAAGCUGUUAGUGAUUGA